CAAUGCUUCCCAUAUCCAAACAGUCCAAAAGUAUCCAAUUAUAGCCCAAUUCCACCUCACGAGUCCAUAUGUCGGUCCUCUAUCCGCCCGCACUCCCAGUGAGUGAGAAACUCGGCCACUGCCAUGAGCAACUCCCCGACGAAUACUCCCUUGACAACCUUGUCCGCGAUAUCAAGACCUACCUCGGCAGUACAAGCGGGAUAUCUUCCUCCGAUGUCGACUCAAACUAUCUGAUAUCGCUGGUCAAGAAGUACGAAGCCGGCGAAGGCGGCUGGACGAGAUAUUAUCAUAACGACCCGUCGAAGAACUAUACGCGCAAUGCCAUCGAAAACAUCAACCACAAAGCGAACAUUCUCCUCCUCGUAUGGAACCCCCAAAAGGGCUCACCCAUCCAUGACCACGCCAACGCCCACUGCAUCAUGAAGGUGCUUGCAGGGAAUUUGACGGAAACGGUUUAUGCUGCGCCUGAGAAGGGUUCCGAUGGCACCAAGCCUCUUAAGGUCAAAUCAGAGACAACGCAUUCUACCAACGAUGUGACGUAUAUCGCGGACGAUAUUGGCCUUCAUCGAGUACAUAACCCGCAUCCUACCAAGGUGGCUGUUUCUCUGCACUUAUAUACCCCACCAAAUGCGGCCGAUUACGGGUAUCACAUCUUCGACGAGGCGACGGGCAAGUCGAGCUAUGUGCCGCAAGCGAGGGCCAUCCUACGUCCGAGCAUGCCCGAAGAGUCUGAAUGACCACUUUACCUCUGACUCGACCCUUGAUGAUACAACCUCAUGACACUGAAUGACCGAUUUUCCAUACCCUGGCGUUUGGUAUUUGCUUUCUGGCGUGAAAUUCAUAGUCUACCCAGUACCUCUAUAAUAAAUGUUAAUCGCAUCUCCGCAGUAAGAAUACUGCCAGGAAUUCCUCUAAUCUGGAUGUCCCCUCCGUCUUCUGUGCUUAUAGCCAUGCUUGUUUAAAGGAAGAUAUCCAACAAGAUCUGGACAAUCACACGUGGAAACCGUGGUCCCGUCAUCCGUUUAGAGCAACGAUCUCGGGCCCCUGUAAGCCCUCAACGGCGAACCCCCCCACGGCACCAUAGCCAUUGGAAGGGGAACCAUAUUCCCAGUGCGAGGGACAGUGAGAGCGCCAUGUCUCGGCACAACCCUCCUUCUUGACCAGUAGAGGAUGAGCUGCCGCAUCUUUGAGGCCUUUGGAGGCUUCUGCAGGACGUCGUCGAAGCCUCUUUCCUGGAACCAGCCGCUGUCGAUCUGAGAACGCAGCAAGUGUGCUGCCAAGGCGAUUAUCGGUGUCGUGGAGAUUUUUGGGUCUGUCGCGAAGGGUGGCUGGGUACGGAGGAUGUUUGUUGCUUCAAUUCCGCCCAUUACGGGCAUUGCGGUCUUUGGGAUUCGUCUUAGAAGGGGCCCAUUCGCUGGGAAAAAAAGGGCGGAAGGAUGCUCUUACGUCCAUGAGUAUAAUAUCCGGCCGAGGAUGUGUGACUGGUGAUGCGUAGAGGUAGUCGAGAGCUUCCUGACCAUUGUUGGCGAUCGAGACGGUGCAUUCCAGACGGCUGAUGCUGCGGGUGAAUAACCUUUGGUUGACGCGG